AUGGCGGAUAUUCAGGUGCUGCAUGCAUAUCGUCAUCUUUACCGUCACGGCCUUCGCGCCAUCCAGUUCUCCAAGCCAGCCCGCUUUGUUUUACGAGAUCGCCUCAGGGCUGCAUUCCGCGAAAAAGGCGCGCAGCUCGACCAGGCCGGUGUAGCAAAGACUCUGCAGUUCUUUGAAGCGGCACAAGGGUCCCGGGGUUUAGAGCACAAAGUUCUGAAAAAUCUUCUAUUCGUUGCGUUCCACCGUUACGAGGGUAGAGGCAUGAAAACGACGACUAUUGAGAAUUUCAAGAUCCGUCCUUUGAAUCGAGAAUUCAGAGCAACAGCUUACAAGCACUACGACAUGACAAUAGCUAUGCUAAACAAGUCUAUGGGACUUUGUUUGAGAGGAUGA